CUGACUGGAACACAACGGGAGUUUGUGCUCUGCUGAGUUUUGGCCAUGAGAGUGAGACAGUCAGUCUAGACGCUCUUGACAGCCUCGUCUGGAGGAGAGACACUUCCCUCUGCGGCUCUGUCCCCAUCACGACGACACAUUACAAGCUUUCUCCUAAGAUGAAACUCCGGGACUCCUGAAGAAGGAUGACACCCCUGGCACAUUGGCUAAGACGGUGCCUAUGGGCAUCUGUGUCACUCACAUGCCAAGCCUGAAAAGUGGAAAAAAAGACAGUUCUUGCAGACACGUCGAACACUUCCAAGCUCUAGAGUGAAACUUUGCACAGUUGGCCAUGGCUGCAUAUCCAUGGCUUGGAGGAUAGGAACCCGUGUUUAGCAAGCAUUUUUACCACAGUGAGUUUUUUAACUGGUCAUUUAGCAAAUCCAGCACUUCCUGGCCCGGAGGGUUUAUAGAGUAACUGCCACACGCGAGCUGAACCGGAGGAUCCAAAAUGGAGGGCAAACAGCGACGCUCUUUCUACCGGACUGGUUAAAGCUGCAGUCAAAAGCAUUACUGCAAGGGCAGUAUGCAGGCAGCUGACUACCCAGCCGCAAAUAAUAACACAGAGUGCAAGUUCCACUGCACCAAUGGCAGAUGUCUGAAACUUCUCUCGCUGAUUUGCAAUCAUCUGAAUGAAUGUGGAGACAACAGUGAUGAGGAACACUGUCCUGCUGCUGUACCUCCACCUCCAGACACCAUCCAGUCUGAACUGGAGUUUGUUCAGAUAAUAAUCAUAAUUGUGGUGAUGACUGUAAUGGUAGUUGUGAUCAUCUGUUUGCUGAACCACUAUCGGCUGUCGGCCUGGGCCUUCCUCACACGCCACAGCCAGGCCCGUCAACGAGAGGAGGGCAUGCAGCCGGAUGGCUGUGCAUGGCCAACAGAUAGUUUGGUGACGCAACAAGGAGCCACUGAGGUGAUGUAUGGGCCACGGAGCGGAGAGCGCUUCAACCCGCCUUCAUUUAUGCAAAGGGACCGAUUCAGCCGCUUCCAGCCCACCUACCCAUACCUGCAGCAGGACAUCCACUUGCCGCCCACCAUCUGCCUGUCAGAUGGCGAGGAGCUGCCGCCCUACAAGGGCCCGUGUACCCUGCAGCUCAGAGACCCCGAGCAGCAGCUCGAGCUCAGCCGGGCGUCGGUGCGCGCGCCCCCCAACCGGACCAUUUUCGACAGCGACCUGAUAGACGUUUACGUGCACGGAGGCGGCCCGCGGCCCCCGAGCAGCAACUCUGGCAAGAGUGCCUCGAACUCGCACGUGGAGGGGCCGCCGCCCACCUAUAGCGAGGUGAUGGGUCAGACGUACCCAGGCUCCGCCUCCUUCCUGCACCAGCACAGCAAUAACGCACCACCCUCCAACCAGAGGACAGCCAGCCGCUCCGCCCAGCCUGGCGCAAGCACAACCCUGUUCGUCAAGGUUAAGGAUAGCCGGCGCGACAAACCCGUGUGACUAGGACACACCUGGAGAGGGCAGUAGAGAGCGUGUGCCGUCACCUGUGCUCUCUGGUACUUCCUCCUGGACCUAAAGGGGAGUGGCUGUUAGCGUACUCCCCUUGCACAAUUUGAAUCGAAAAUUGAGGAACCAAGCUUACAAAGUUUAUUUUUUUGUAUUUUUUUUUUUGCUAGAACUUCGGGGCCUUGUAUGGAUGUUUGGGCUCCUCGGCUAAAUCUCUUUGUUUGUUUGGUUUUGUAUGCUUUCCUGUAUUUAAAGAACACAUGUGUUGGCACAGAUUGUUUGCGUGAGAGACCACAUAGGUCAUAGGAUUGAAAAAUUUUCUAUCUGUUUGUGCAUUUCCAGGACUCGUGCACAAAAAAAAAAAACUGUUCACAACCAAUCAAAAUCCAAAUUGAGUGCCAUGAAAAAAUCUUAAAUCUUGGGGAUGUGACUCACAACAACAACUACGACAAAGUCUUUAUGUUGCACUUAUUCUUUAACGAGUAAAAACAGCUACCCUUAGUUACUUGUCAUACGUCAAUCCACAUGGUUCCCGGGAUUUUUUUCUUCCUUUUUUACGUUUCACGUUUCUCGUUUUCCUGAAAUGGAGAUGUAGAACUCUGAUCCAGCCUAAAAUCUCCACACCUGAACUGCAUCAUGGCACUUAUUUUAAAAAAGAGGGGGUUUAACAAGCUGUUCAAAUUCCAGAUCACUUUUUCCACUGACCAAGUGAGAGAUAUUGGCAUGGAUAUCUGCGGAUGGAAGUCACGACACACGCGCCACUUUCAUCCUGUCGAGUAGCACUUUAAACUUACGUCACUUCAGCAUUGUCAUGGGGUCCAAGUGCAAGGGAAUCAUGGGAACUGUAGUCUUAUGCACAUCCUGUCCCCUUCUGAAUGAGUGUGUCAUAUCUCGUUUUCCACUAAGAAAGCAUGCGUAUAGUUUUUUUCCAGUUAUCCAUACUAUACUUUAGUUCACGAUCAUAUACGGAUCUCAUAUUUUAUCCUGUAUCCUGGAGCGGCGUUUUAUUCCGAGGCUGCACAGGAACACGCUUUUAUCUGUUAUUCGUCAUCAGUAUUUAUUCAUUUAUCAGUUCAAAACAUGUACCAAUCAUGUCGAGGUACAUCCCCCUAUUUUCUUUCUUCAUUUGAAGUCGUAUUCAAUCACAUGGCACACGUUUGGAAUGCUUUCAGACAUGUUGAUUGUGUUUUUGAUCACACCUGAGCUUUGUACACCAUCGUUCUUUGGCCUUCCCUUUAGAAAGUCCCAUAGAAAACCUAUUUAUUAACUAGCUAUUUAUUAAAGUGACCAUUUUGAGAGAAUAUUUAGUCAAAGUGGGUGGGAACGCCACUCUUCCCAACCUCAACUAGGCUUUUAUAUGACCGUUUUCCCCUUUGAAUACUAAGACUCUCCUGUCGCCCAUCCGCUGUGGCUUCGAAACUUUGGCCUCCCGUCAUUGGCUCUGCUUCCCGUCACUCAUUCUGACCGCGCAGUUUGAGUUUGUACUGUAUUGCUGCUGCUGCUGCUGCUGCUACGCUGCUACCGCUGCUGCUGUUGUUCGUUCGGUAUGUAGGCCUAUGUCCGCUUUCCCAUUACUUUAUAUUCGCGUACCAACCGAGACAUAGACGUUCGCACUCUGUUUUGGUUUCCUUCGUUAACAUUUGCGCAUUUCCGCCGUCAUAGCCGUGCUAGGAAAACGAAUCCAAAUGUGUUUUUCUUUUUUUUACGUUUGCAGCCGAGAGGUUUGCAUGUUACUAUUUACAUGAGCAAAUUCGGUGCCUAACAGUCAUGUUUAAGCAGACAUAGAAACCCACUUGCACUCAAAAGUCCCCACCUUUGUUGUGCCUCACUUCCUAUGGUGCUUCUUUCAGUAGUCGGACUCUGUUUAUUUGUACGGUGCUGUAUAUAACUUGAAUAUAUUAUGCACAUAUCCUACCCAAUGGGUAGAAAACCACAAGAAAGCAUUGUUAAUACUGUAAUAUAAUGUAUAGAUAAUAUUAAAAAGAAAACUUUAACACGGUGGCAUCAAGUUUUGUGAAUGCCUUCAAUUGUGCUUUGUCUUUUUUGUAAAACAGAGUAAAGUUUGCAAAGAGAAAUGCUACAGUAUGGUCACAUGAAUACAAAAAGACUUCUUCUAUUUUUUUCCUAUACAGUAAAUGCAAAUCUGUUAUGUGAUGAAACAAAUAUUCUGAUUAUAUGGCAGUUAUAUAAAGGAUAACUAGCUGCUGCUUUUGUAACUUCCAGAGAAAGAAUUAUAAAUGCCAGCGCUUGUCAUUUUAUUUAUUGAAGUUUAUUUUGUGACUGCUAGCUGUUUGGACGUGUAAUAACCACGCAGAAUAAUAGCGUCUUUGUACCGCGACGAACGCAACGGAUUGUCGACUUUUUGGGCUCCCACGAGGCCUUUUCUCCAGCCCUGGAGAAGGUUUAGUGGUUCAUAUCAAAAUAGCAGCUCAGGGUGAGGCUUUAUCGGAUCGGCGGGACAUCCGUUGGAAACGGUUAACGUUCUGUUCUUUUUUUACGCACAUAAUCGAUUUGUGUGGUAUAUAAAAGAGCAUCAAAGGAGGAAAAUCCAGCCCAUACCUGAUCGUUACUGCAUGUUCACGUUGUCAUUUUCCUCAGCAUAGCAGUCUGGUUCCGAGCUCUCCGCGCCGACAGGCUCCUCUCCAGAAACACGCUUGAAUGAACGAAUCGGCGAGUGAAUGACUGACUGACUGACUGAAUGAAGAUUUGUGUGGGUGAGUUCAGCAUCUCGUUCCAUGGAUCUGGAAUUUCCCGCCAAUCCACAGCAACGUUCUUCAUCGGCCUUGAGCGAGAUCACGUCACAGGACUGUAUGACCUAUUGUGGACUACAGACUUUUUUGUUUUGUUUUUUUACAAAAAGAAACAGUUCAGUGAGCGAGGGAACGCUGCUGUCCUUACGCCUUUUUUUAUUUUUAUUGUUCUAUUUAAUUGUGAUGUCAGCGGUUUUCAGUUUGAGGUCUGUUAAUUGCAAUACUUUUUACAGGAAAAAGGUGACUAAAAACCAACUGAAAAAAUUCAUAAAAAAUAAAUACAAGGAAAAAAAACAAUAAAACUAUUGCUCAAAGAUA